GAAUAUACAAUUUUUCUAUAAUAGGUUGGACGUGAAACUAUCAACUCAAGUGAAGAUGCGAUAUUGAAGCAGGACAUGCCAGCAGCACUAGUCAGAGUGGAGGGUGCAUCACGAUUGUUAGAGGAAGCAUCUGCUAUGCUGAAAGUUGAUCCGUACAGUGGUCCAGCCAGAAAGAAGCUUAUUGAAGGCUCCCGAGGAAUUCUUCAAGGAACAUCUGCAUUGCUGCUCUGUUUUGAUGAGUCAGAAGUACGGAAGAUUAUUCGAGAAUGCAAGAGGGUGCUGGACUACCUGGCAGUUGCAGAAGUGAUAGAGACAAUGGAGGAUCUUGUUCAAUUUCUUAAGGAUCUUAGCCCUUGUCUCAGUAAAGUUUCACGUGAGGUUGGUGGGCGUGAAAAAGAGCUCACUCACCAAGUGCACCGGGAGAUCUUAGUACGCUGCCUGGAGCAAGUGAAAACUUUGGCACCCAUCCUCAUCUGCAGCAUGAAGAUUUUCAUUCAUAUAAUUGCUCAAGGUGGCAAGGGGGCGGAGGAAGCAGCAGAGAACCGUAAUUAUCUGGCGCAGCGCAUGACAGAUGAACUGAAUGAAAUCAUUCGAGUCUUACAACUGACAACAUAUGAUGAAGAAGAGUGGGAUGCUGACAACCUGACUGUAAUGAAGAAAGCACAGAAUGCAAUUGAAGGAAAAGUUAGGGCUGCUCAUGACUGGCUGGAGGAUCCAUUGGCUCUGAGAGGUGGUGUGGGUGAGAAGAGCGUAAGACAGAUACUGGAACAUUCACAGCGAGUUUGUGAACGUGCACUACCUGGUGAUGCAGAAGCUAUUAAGAAGUUGUGUGGGGAUAUUACUACUAUGACCGAUGCUCUUUGUGAGCUGCGACAGGAUGGAAAGGGCGCUACACCGCAGGCUGAAUGUUUAGCUCAUGGCAUUCAAGAGAAGUUGGGAGAAUUGUGUGGGCUUGUACAACGGGCUGUUGUCGGAGUGGAGAAGUCUGGAGUACAGCAGCCUGCUCACACUGUAUCAGGAAGGUUGGAACAGGCACGUAGGUGGCUGGCCCAUCCAGACAGGGAUGAUCGUGGGCUUGGACAGCAGGCUAUUGCACUCAUUGUUACAGAAGGCAAGAAGGUAGCUGAUGGUCUUCCAGGAAUACAUAAAGCAGAAAUUUUAGGCUUGUGUGAUGAAGUGGAUAUUCUGUCACGACAGCUGAGUGACUUGUGUCGAAGAGGUCAUGGGGACACACCUCAAGCUCAAGAUGUUGCAAGGUCUUUAUCUCAGAAACUGUAUGAGCUGAAAGACCGCAUCCAGAAUGCAGUUGUUAGCCGUGUUGUAGAAGACUUCAUUGACAUCAGCUCCCCACUGAAGCAUUUCACUGACGCUGUCCAUGUUCCUCAAGGAACUCCAGGCAGAGAGCAGAACUUCAAUGACAGAGCACAACAGCUGCAGCAGUUCAGUUCGCGAGCAGCAAAGACGGCACGCAUGGUAGCAGCUGGUGGAAGUUCUGGCAAUAAGAAGUUGGCCGAAGCUUUGCUUAGCUCUGCUUCUCAGGUAGAGAGUCUUACACCACAGCUGGUGAGUGCUGGCCGGAUUAGGAUGAAUUACCCGGAAAGCAAGGCUGCUGAUGAACACUUUCAAAACCUCGUCGCCCAGUAUUCAGACUCAGUUCAGCAUGUCAGAGCACUCUGUGAUGAGGCAACAGACUCUGCAGAUUUUAUUAAGAUGUCCGAGGAACAGAUUCAGAAGCACUCGAUUUUAUGUGAAGAAGCAAUCCGCAAGAUUCAACCGCAGAAGAUGGUUGACAAUACUGCUAGUAUAGCAAGGUUGGCAAACCGAGUUCUUAUGGUUGCAAAGCAAGAGUCUGACAAUUCAGAAGAUCCGCAGUUCAUAUCCCGUAUAAACAGUGCUUCUGAUCAGGUGCAGGCAAGUGUAACACCCAUGGUGCAGGAUGCUAAAGCAGUUGCUGUCAACACACAAGAUUCUGUUGCAGUGUCCAGAUGGCGUGAAUCAAAUAGAGCUCUCCUGACUGCUGUAGGCGAGGUUCGUCAUGCGGUCACCAUCACUCCUGAUCUUCCUUCUCCACCAGAUGUGUCUAAUCUUCACAUCAAUGAUGCUGAGUUGGGCGACAUAUUUAAUGUGGAUUUUAAUUCCAUUUUUGGCCUGGACAAGAGCCAUCUGGUGCAGGGCUAUCAGCCAUCACAACAGCAGUACAAUUACUUCACUGACAAAGUUGGCUCGUCGUUGAGGGAACAGCCAGGGCCCACAACUGCGGGACAACUGUCCCCUCAUUCUCCCUCUCAUAGGGCUCCUUAUGGUGGGACAAGGGCUAUUAGUCCCCUGCCAAAGUGGGCACGAGGCGAAAAUGCUGACCUCUUAUAUCAGGAAUUGACAUCAGAUGAUGAUCACGCAGAUAGAGAAUAUGCUCCACCAAGACCCCCUCUCCCAGGGGGAGAGGUACCACCACCUCGACCCCCACCACCAGAAACAGAUGAUGAAGAUGAUAUGUUCUUGCAUGCACCAUUGCCCAACCAGCCAAUUAUGAUGGCUGCACAUGGACUCCACCAAGAGGUGAGGCAGUGGUCAAGCAAGGACAAUGACAUUAUUGUAGCUGCUAAGAAAAUGGCAGUCCUGAUGGGCCGGCUGUCACAGUUGGUGCGAGGGGAAGGGGGAAGCAGCAAGAGGGAUCUCAUUUCCUGUGCCAAAAGCAUUGCAGAAGCUUCCGAAGAGGUAACACGCCUCGCCAAAGAGCUUGCUAGGGAAUGCACAGACAAGAGAAUGCGAACGAAUCUCCUACAAGUGUGUGAGCGUAUUCCUACCAUUGGCACACAGCUCAAGAUCUUGUCAACAGUUAAGGCAACGAUGUUGGGUGCUCAAGAGGUGAUUCCCCGGAUGGACAUGGGAGAAAUUCUUGGGGGCACAGAGGAAGAUCAAGAAGCAACGGAUAUGUUGGUGGGUAAUGCGCAGAACCUAAUGCAGUCUGUCAAGGAGACAGUUCGAGCAGCAGAGUCUGCAUCUAUUAAGAUUCGUACAGAUGCAGGUAUUCGCCUGCGUUGGGUAAGGAGACAGCCUUGGUACCAGUACUGACGUGUCCAAUGUGAGUGGGAUGAUAAGAGUCUGCACUCAACCCAUCAGUCAAUCUGCCAAAAACAGCUUACUGUCUGUAGACAAAUCUGCAUUGUUUCCCCAUCAUACGUACAUACACUUAAACAUAUGUUGACUAUGAUGUAAAGUUACUUACCUUGGAAAUUUUAUGUCUUUGUACAAAAAUAUACAAGAAUGAAGUAUGUCACUGUUACAGAAUGUUACAUAAAACCAGCCACAGUUCAUAGAUUGGACCGGACAGAGUGAGAGAACAAAAAUUAUUAUCCCCCCAAAUAAAAAUUUGUCUCUUUCUCUAUGUUACGUUCCUGGUGUUGGUGUUUCACCAAAACACUUUGUAUCAGUACACAAUUUUCUUCUGAAGAAUUAUAUUAUUUGUGUGGCUUAAGCUGUCAUAAAUAAAUUCUCAUGCACUGCAUUUCCAGAAUUAGCAGAUUGAUUUAUUAACUUUGAGAGUUAAUCUCAUUUAACACAGUCAGACAUUAUUUGAUUUUGCUUUGUAGUGUAACAAACAUGUUUCCUACACUUAUUGUUUAUGUCAUAUGACAAGAAUUUUUGGAGUGGAGGUCAAUUUAUACUGCUCAAGUUCUUCAAUGCUUUGUGACGUUUCUUCCCCUCCCCUCUCUCUGUGUCUUUUAUUUGGUGCCUGUUGUUAUGUGAACAAUCAACCCUCAGGCCAAGAAUUGUGUUCUCAUUUCAGCUUUAAAGAAAAAGGAUAAAUGGCAAUGAACUUGUUAGUUAAUGGACAUGUGAAGGGUGAUAAUAAAGUAAUUAACAUACAGAGAUACACAUUUUAGUCCAACAUUAUGAUGUUAAAACCACUUCUAAAUUUUAAUUUUUGGUUGUCUUAAUAGCAUCACUCCUGUUUUACCUUAUAAUUAAUCUAAGUGGUGUUCAUGAAAUUUCUUGGCUUUACUGCAUAAUAUAUUAAUACAUUUUCUUAAAAUAUUUUAGAUGUUGAAACUGUGAUAAUUUUCAGCAUGACGGCUUACCUUUGUCUUUGAAAUUCAGUUAUCAGAGAGUCUUUAUGUGGACUACUUUGGAAAGUUAGAAUUUUAUGGAUAUUAAGGAGGAUUUGAGGUUUUCAUGGUGGUGAGUCUGAAGAUGGCUGUCUUCUGGGUUGUUGCGCCUUAUAGUCUGGUAGAAGAUUACUGACGUUUCAGAGGUCUCUCUUGCCUCCAUCAUUGGGGCCCUGAUAAUGGAGACAGCAAGGACCUCUGAAACGUCAAUAAACUUCUACCAGACUACAAGGCGCAACAACCCAGAAGACAGCCAUCACCUUUAUGGAAAUUGUAGUCAAGAAAGUAUUAUGACUUCUCCAAUAUUGCAGUGAUGUUAGUUAUACUCGUGUAAGUCACUUCUGAAGAUUUUAAUAAUGGGCUUUUAUUCUUUAGCCAUAUUUCUAAUGCCAUCCUAGGUACUGACACUUAUACAAGAAUCAAACUUUGACGCAUUAUAAACCAGAACCAUAUAAUUAUAUAAAAUAUUGUGCCCACAGAUUUAUUUAUGUUGUUUGAACUUUUAUAGAAAAUAUUAUUACAUAUAUAUUUUUAUAGAUUAGUGGAAGCAUGCUAGAGAUUAAUGUAAUUGCUUAACAUACUUUGCGUGGAUGGGACAAGAGGUGUGCACCAGGUAUUGGUUGGGAAGCCUGAGGGGAAGAGACCGCUGGGGAGACCUAGACGUAGAUGGGAGGAUAAUGUGAGGCGGGAUCUAUGGGAGAUAGGAGUUGAAGGAGACUGGAUUUUGUUGGCCCAGACAGUCCAGUGGAGGGCUUUGGUUAAUUUGGUGAUGAACCUUUGGGUUCGGUAAGCCAUCUAGUUAGUUAGCUUAAACAUACUUACCUGACAUGAAUCUCAGUGAAAUAUCAGGUAAUAAAAUAUUUCCAGUUUUUAAAAAUAUAAAGCACCAGCAUUUUGGAUAUAUUUUGAAUAUCUUUAUUUGUGUAUAAAAGCAUUUAUCUUCUGUACAUUGUAUGUUUUUACUUGUAGAUAAUACAGGACAUGGAUUAUUAAUUUUUCAUGCCAUUAUGAGUAGAAUUAAUUGUAAUUUUCAGUGUUACGCUCUUCAUUAUUCAUAGAGUUUGUGAAUAUCUAUAAAGCGUUUGCCCUCAUUUAUGCUUCUGUAAUCCAUGCAAAGUGGUCCUGAGUCCAUAAAAUAAGGUGCCUUACAAUGUGCAAGAAUUCAACAUCUCUACUGAAUGAGGUACUUUCCCAAAAUAUUUUUGUGUCAGAUUAUAGCUACCUGUAUUGUGUAUAUAAUAACUGAUCCUGGGAAACGAAUUGAAAUGGUGUUGAUCUUGCAGACCAGUGAUAUGAGCCUAUCAGUAAUCUGUUGAUAUGGAAUUGAGAUUAUUGUCUAGAUUUAUUGUUAUAAUCCAGAGAAACUUUUUAUGGUUGUGUUUGACACUUUCUAGGUUCAUGUGGUAUGAACACUUUGCAUGGAAGAAUCCAAAAUUUGAAUUUACCUGCGUGGUUUUUUGUAAUCCUCUGGUAUCAUGUUGUGUGUUAUCUAUUAGUUUUAAACCUUCAUAAGCACCCCUAACAUUUUAUAUAUACCAUUUAACUAGGAUAUGAUAAAUGGCAUGGAGAAACAAAUUCGUUAACAUGCCUCAUUAUUUAGUGUGAUUAUAGAUUUUGCCUGAGGGUUGUGUGUCUGUAACAGAUGGAAAGGAAACAUGAUGUCUCCGUCAUCUGUAUCGUUUAAUAUUAUAGAUCGUUAUGAUUGUUGUAGCAAUGAUCUAUUUUUCUAUUCUUCUUGUCAUCAUCUCAAUAACUGAGAUGACAAAAGCUUCUGUAGUUCAUGUUCCUAUACCAAUACCUCUUUCUGUGUCUGUAUAUGAUAAUUUGUUGCCACUAAUCUGAAAGUUUAAACUUUAAAGCUAUGUUGAGUACACAGACAUUACUUGAAGUGAAAUGUUAAUAUUGAGGUGGAAUCCCAAGGGAUGACAGCUCUCAAAUCUGUGCAAUAUUACUUGCUGCCAUUUAAAUUAAAAUUAAUAUCAUGUUGAAAUGCAGUUCCCAGUAUCAACUGGAUACUUUGUUUUUUUCAGUUGGUUUAACAACUGUCUGUUGUCUUUUAAAACUUAUCUUCAGAGAGAAAUAACAAAUGUACGUGUGAAGGAAUGACGAUUUAAUAUCACCUGGGGCCAAACUACUCAAAACAUUGUUUUGCUUCAGGUAAAGUUCACAAAACUCAUGGUUUAUUCAAUUCUCAUAGCAGUUCAUUUUUGCCAAGUAUAUCAUUAAAUUCAUACAUCCACAGCCUGAAUGAGAUUUGAACCAGUGACCCUGUGAUGUAAGGAAAUAAUUGAAUUGCAUGUUUUCAUCUGUAUAUCAACUGCACAUUUUAGAGUACACCAUAAAAAUUCAAAAGAAAUUUUUCGAAAUUUAUAUGUUGGGGCUGUGUAUUACAUAAUCAUACCUCUUUGUAAAUGCGAGGAAUGUGUAGCACUGCUACAUGUGAUGAAAUAUUCACAUUAAGCUGGAAGUCUCUCUUCUGGGUUGUGAUAUCAUGACUUGUACAUUGAUACAAAAUGUCCACUAAUGUUGAAAUUAAUCUUCUAUCAUGAUUCAUUUCAUUAUAAAUCUGCCAGUUUUUCUAAGGAGCAUCAUGAUAUUGAAUGUUUAUCUUCUUGAGAAGAACUGUGAUGUGUCUAGCUAAGUAGUUAAUACUACACUGAAGGUUGCUGGAAUGUUAGUUUACAUCCCACGUGUAGGAAAAAUAUAUAGUAUUGUACGUACAGUAUUACCAGUCUUGUGUAAGGUAACAUUCAAUUUUUAUAUGUGCAUAUUUGAAGGUAUAUUAUAUCAGAUAAACAGAUGACGUUUAAUUGCGUGAUUUACUUGUCAUUGCUCAAUGACCUUAUAUUUUCACUCUGCAAGAGACCUAAGUUAUCACACUUUCUUGAUUUCAUACAGUGAUUCAGGAUAGGGUUCAGUUCUCAUUAAUGUUAAAGGAUCACUGCAGAUGACAAAAUACUUGUGUGAUUCAAGUGGAAAUGUUGAACAUAUUAUGAGUAUAUAGCAUAUUUAAAGCUUUGAAUGGCUUGUUUGUGUGUUUCAGUACAGUGUUCUUAUUACAUUUCCCAGUUAUAUAAACCUGCAAAUUACGGAAUUUUCAUUUCAUGCAGAAUAUUUUGCCCGGUUUAGCAAUUUAAGGUUAAAUAUUGUUAGUAACUUUGUAUUUAUUAAUAGUACCUGAGUGAUCUAAGGCACAGGUCUUGACCACUCAAACACUGGGAUCAUGGGUUGAAAUCCCAUUCUAGGCUUGGAUGUGCCCAUUGUUUUGUGUUGUGCUGUUCAGUGAAGGCACUGGGUUGACCACUCGUCUGAGGAGUCCUACCAAAAGUCUGAAUAGAUUCAUAAUUUAGAAGCAGUUCUAAUUAGAAUAGGCCAUAAGAACUGAAGUUGUAAUUAAAUGUGUUUUGCAAAUUGUAUUAUAGUUUGCCCACAUGACUGGACAGAAAUAGCUGCUGUCCACUUGACUGCCAUAUAUAAUACAUCAUAUUUGCAAUCACUACAGUACUAAGGCACAAUGCAUUUUUAACUUAUGGUAUAAUUCAGUAGACAUGCUGAAUUUUGUGGAUAUUACGUAUAUUAAGAUUUUAUUGUCAGUUGAAUGUAAGGGGUUCUGACUGCUGGUGUAUAAUGCACUAGCAAUGUAUCUUGUAACAUUGAAUGUAUAUACAUUGCACAAGAGGGCUGCUAUUAUGAUUUCUUUUAUUUGCUCUGUUGACUGUAUGCAGUGUGUUUGAUGAAAAUACCAGAAAAUGGUUUGCUUAUCUGUCCAAAAUAAUUUUCAAAGCUGAAAGGAAAUUACUAUAUUGUUAAUAUUAGAGAGGAAGGAAGGAGAAUUGGAAACUUAGUUGUGAUAAAAAAUAUAUAAACACUACACUUUUAGUCCAUUCUCUAUAUAUACAUUUUUGUAGGCUGAGGUUGGUUACUGAAAGCAUAUGGUAUGUACGUAUUGAUCAGGGGCAGGGCACACAUGCCCAGCUAGCACUUUAAAUAAACAAAAAUUGUGUCUUAUUUUUGUGGUUCAUUGGUACUCCAUACACUGAAACACAGCAAAACCAAUCAGACAAAAUGCAUCGUUAGCAUUGUUAGCGAGCCCCAGCAAGUCAGGUGUUUUUACAUUUGCUGCAAGUGUCUCAACUAGCUGGCUAACAAUGCCUGGCCAUAUGAAGGUGGCUAAUAAUUCAUUUUAUCUGAUUGGUGCUGCUUUUUUGCGGUGUAUGGUGUACCACUGUACCAUGAAAGUAAGAUGAGGCUUUUUAUUUUUUUAUUAUUUUUUUAUGAAGUGUUUGCUGGGCUCACAUUAUUAAUGUGCACACUCCACCCCUGAUAUUGAUGAUAACAUUUCUGCAUAAUUUUGAAAGCAUGCCUAUCGAGAACUCAAGACUCGCCUGACUGACUUGUCUUGAAUUUGUUCACUAUUCCUGUGAACUUUUGGCUAUAAUUCAUUUACUUAAUCUGGUUAUGUUUCAAACAUGACAGUGUAUCUUGAUCAAAAAAUGCAGUUUGGCGGUUGUAUUAGGUGAACAUUAAAAAUGAAACUGCAGAGAAAAGGUAUGUAUAAUGUUUGCCUUCAAUGUUUGGCAUUAUGCCAGUUCAAAUUUGAUCCAGAAUUUUGAUAAUAGUGUGUCAGUGAAUGAUUAUACCCGUUUCAUAUUAAAUAAUUUUCUCCAGGUACUUUCCCUCUACAUGUAUAUAACUGCCCUAUCACUGCAGAAGAAAAAAAUUUAAGGCAGGUUUUCAGCCAAUUUAGACAUUGAAAAACAACAAAUCCUGGGUCAGAUUUGAACUGCCCACACAUGUGGUGCAAGGAUUGGAAUAAGAGCACUAAGAUCUUUUAAAUUGUGCGAGGAGGUGAAAUGUUUAAUUGAUUAUUGAUUUGUUCAUGAUUUUAAUUAUAAUUACGUUUGUAGGUUAUUCAGUUACCUAGCCUGUGUUAUUUCAUACUGUGUAAGUAUUCAUGUGAGUGGAAUAUCCAGAUGUUGCUAGGUAUUUUCCAGAAAUUCAUUUAUUGUUAUUUUGAUUUAUUAGGUUGUUCACAAUUAUCAUUUUGAAUGAAUACAAAGUUCAUUGAUUAUUUGCUUACACAAACAAAAUCAUAGUCAAAAGACAAAAAGCACUACCCAUAAAAGACAGGUUACUGGAUCACAAUGUCUCAGCCUAAUUAGUAAUAAACUGUUAUAAAAUGAUGUGUUUGAAAGCAUAUUUCAUGUAAUUUUGUUGUUGUGAUAAUGAUCUUCCACAAAGCAUCCACAUCAUACAUUCAGAAGGUUGCAGACCUAAUUAAAGAACUAAGAUUUAAUUAUUUACUGUGCUAUAUUAUUCUAAUCCUUUGUGUUCCUCGCUGGUGUUUUUCUCCCCCCUCAUAGUGUCACAUGUUUCACAAAUGCGAGACGUUGAAAAGUAUUAUAGCACCAUCAGAGACACUGUCUUCACAUUUUUAAAGAGUCCUUUGUGGGGGGGAGGGGUGUCAGUCUGUGACCCCAUGUAACAUGGGGCACCUAAAGUUGUCACAUUCUGUAAAUGAGUUGGAAUGUUUCACAUUGUAAUCUUAAGUGAAACUGAUACAUACUCACUUCAGAUUCGUUAAUUUUUAUUAUUAUAAAACAGCAGUUGAGCCGUAUUAGUACUACUAGAAUGUAUCUCUAAAUUAAAUUACAUUAAAUUGUAGAACCGUAAUAUACAGAUUUCUUUUGUGUUUGUUAUAAAUUACCAACAAACAAUCAUUGUGCCAAGGAAUAUUUGUAUUAAUUACUUAAAUUGAGACACAUGACUGUUAAUAUAUUUUUGUUUCUAGAUAAGUAUAUUAUGAAUGAUUUACAUGAUUUAAUAUAUAUACCAAUGUUAAAGGAUUAUCUGGAAAUCUCCUUAUACAAGCAGUUGCACACGUGUUGAUGGACAUUGUGAUAGAAAUCUGCAGAUUGAUUGAUGAUACCAGUUUAGUGUGGACAUUAAAUGUUCUUAUUUCACUUAUGCGACAGACAUAAGUGGGCUACUAGUGGUGAUGAAGAACACACACAGGAUUUAGAACUGUGAUUCAAAGUGUUCUUUCAGCUUAAGUUCAUAUGUGCCUUGAAUUACAGGUUUUUCCGUUCAUAGUAAUAAAACUGUUUAUUCUUCUUAAUGAAAACUAGUUCUUAGUCAUAUUUUAUGCAUUUUUAUUAUGCUCAGCCCAACCUUAUCACUACUUGAGUUUUCCACACUUGCAUACUAAUAGAGCAAAGGUAGUGAAUUCAACUGUUUAUGUUCCAGAUGUAGGAUAUUCAUUUCUUAUAUGAACUUAAUCCCAAAAUUCUUUUCAUGUCUCUUUUAUUUGUAAUGUGUUGUUUAUAUAAUUACUGCAGUACUUUUCAUCUCUUCAACACAACAGGUAUUUUAAACAAUUUGCUUAGCAGAAUAUUACAUUUGUACUUCAAAAUUAUAUUUUGCUAAAUUUACUAGCAAGCCAUGAACACAGUUUGCAACAGACCCAAUGUAUCUGUGAAAGUGGAUUGAGAUGUUUAAUAUCUGAAAAGCAAAUGACUUGACUGAAAGUUGCUUUUGUGAUAAACUAAUUGUUUUCAGUCAGUGUAACUAAUCCAUAAUUUUUUUAUCAGAUAAUACAAUGUUCACUGAUGGCUUUGUAUUAAUGUAUGUGAAUAACUGGACUUCCAGAAUUUAUUAUUAUUGGUGUUCCUUUUAUACUCAGAAUGGCCAUAAUAUAUGUUGUGCUGUAUUCAAGCUUUUUUAAGAGGAAUCAUAUUUGUAUUAGUAUAAUUUUAUCUGAAGAUCAGUCCUCUACAUUGGCAGAAUUUUAUUAGUUAUAAAUUCAUUGCUCAUAAAUUUGAAAAAUGGAGGAUUUAUUUUAACAUGAAUAGCUAAGUAGUUAUCUUUUAUCUUUUGGUACACAAAUUUCAAUGGGACGUUUCUAAAAUUGUUAGUCCAAGUGUUCAUUAAAGUAAUGUCAUCUUGUUUCUAUGUGGAACUGCUUGUUUCGGUGAUUUUUAGAACUGAUGUUAUAAAUAUCUCAGCUUUAGGAAAAAAAGAAUGUACAAUAUAAUGACCAGAAAUAAAACAGUUUCUUGUGGAAGAAUAAAAAUAUGUUUGAAUGGGAAGAUGAAAUGAAGGCAUGAGACACAUGCCUAUUAAUUAUGACAUCUUCCUGUGCCUACAAUUUCCAUAAAUAGGAAGUGUAAUUUUUUGUCUGACUUCUUCAUGUAUAUUCAUUUUUGGGAUGUUUAUUCUUACAUUGACCUAAUUUAAUUAUUAAUUUGUUAUAGUAAUGUACUUUUGGUUGUGUAUUGAUCAUAAUAUUACAAGAUUAUAACAGUUUAUUAAUAA